AUGCAGCACGCCUCGGCCUCACCAUGGCGAACGUCUGCGGCAGACUACCCCAAGCCUCAGUACAGUCUUCAGCACACCAUAUCCAUGGUGAAUCUUCACGAUGAUCAGACAUGGUAUAACAAUCGAGGACCCUCGUCGCCUACGGCUUCAUCCGUCUCAUCUUGCACCAGUCGGAGUACAACACCUACGACCACGAACAAUAACCCGUGGUCAAACAUCAUCAUGGCAAGUCCAGGCUCGACAUAUUCGACCAAUUCGACAAAGUCAACCAAUUCAUCGCCAAGGGACAGUCCGAACCGUACCCCGCAGUACACAAGCCGAUCGACAACGCCCAUUGCACCUCAACCCCUCAGGCCGAUCAAUCCGGUAGCAGGCUUUGCGCACAUGUCACCACCCCCUUCUUCAACCGGAGAGUCAUUCAGGAGCGUUGACUACCCCGGCUCGCCUAUGCCGGGCUUCCCGGGCUCACCUAAUCCCUAUCGGCAACCUAUUGCACCUCUGACGCCUCUAGUAAACGGUUACAUAAACACCUCCAUAUUGUCUUCGCAAGGCCAGUCCUUAUCCGGGUGGUUCUACGAACUCUGUCGUAAGCAAGGGUGGGAUGCCGGGCUAGUGAGGAAGAUAUGGCAGUGGACGUUGUCGAACCCUAGGCUAGCAAUCCUUUUGUUUGUAUGCGACGACGUGGCAUCAUGGCGACAAGCAUCAUUCUUCGAUCUCAGAGAUGAGAGCUUACCGUUCCCAGAGGACCGUCUGCAGGGCAUCGUGGCAAACGCUCGAAAGGUUGUAGAAGAGCAGUGGCGCGCUACAUCCAAGGAACUGCCGUUGACUGGAACCCACGUGGAUUUUACCGCACGCGAGACGGUACCGUUGCAGCAUCUUGGUCUGAUUCGAUCCUCUAGAAACUCUGAAAAGAGCGUUGACCGGGUACGAAUGCUAGGGACCAACGAUGACCGCGUCUUAGUGCGAAAACGAUUCGUUAUCACUCGACCAUCUCAAAAGGCAGCAGUACUCGAGCAGAUCACCAAGUUCAAGCAAUAUGAACACAAGAACAUUGCCAAGCUGUUGUGUUCUUAUGCACAACCAAGUCAUGUCGGCAUUGUCACAGAAAAAGCCAAGUACAGUCUGGAUGAGUUUUUGGCACUUCCUGGCAACGACGCAAGUCGUUCAAAGAUGCUCGUCGACUGGAUGUAUGAUCUGGCCUCGGCGCUUGAAUACCUUCAUUCGCAGUCGAUAUGCCACCGCAGCAUUCGGCCUCGUAAGAUUUUGAUUAAUGGGACCAGGAUUUUAUUGGCACCGUUCGAGAUCGGUCAGAGUGUCGACACGUUCAGUCCGAGUAUGGCCAACUCUCAACGCCUAGACCAACUAAACACCUAUUUCCAGGAUCAGUCCUAUGUCUACGCCGCGCCAGAAGCGAUCGUAUCACGUGGAAAGCGAAUGGCGGACGUCUUUUCGCUAGCCUGCGUCUUUCUGUCUAUGAUGACAGUAGCGCAAAACCAGUCAUUAUCCAUAUUUACCCAGUACAGAGCAGGCUCGACGCAAGACGCGUCAUUUCAUGCUCAUCUCGAUCGGGUUGCGAGCUGGCGCAACCGACUGCACGCAGCAACUACAUCCGGCCUAAGGAACGGACUCAUUGGAUCCAGUAGGAGACUGAGACAGCUGAAAGCGGAAGCUGAGUGGUUGAGCAUUAUCGAGAAGAUGCUAUUGCCCAGGCCUAAAGAGCGUAUCAAGAUGAGUUUCAUCCUCGCUAGUCUAGGCAGCGGGAAAGCCACAGGAGGCAGGCGGCGAAGUUUAGACGGUGGGGGUUACAGUGGGCAAGCUGCUUCAUCACUCAAUGUAAGCACUGCAACUGCAGCUGCGUUGGUGGAUAUCUCAGAGGCACCCCGGAAACCGGAACUAAGCGUAUUUGAUGGUUACUUCCAGUCACAAUCGCGGCGACUUGAGCCCGCAGGAGGAUGGUAA